AUGAAGAUCUUGAUCGCACUUGUCCUUACCCUGCUGCCAGUUUCGCUGGCUAACCCCUCUGCGAGCUCUGCUGAAGUUGCGUUCUCGCCAUCCGCCGGACUAGAAGGCAUCCGCUUCGAGGAGAGUGACAGCUUCACAAACCAGCAGGGAUGCACCGUGACCGGACGUCCUGGGUUGAAUGCAUGUCGCGUCCUGCUCUCUUUAACUGGACGUUUCUUUACUAACAUCUGCAACAGGGACCUGGUACAUGUCGGCGGGCUGAUUGGGCGAACUGUCAAUUUGUCAGCAUCCCAGGUUUCUGCCCCGGUUGCUACCCCAAUUCCGAAUUCAAGGGUGGAUAUUUUCCCGGUGGCAACGAUAUCAAGUGCUGUGUUCCUCGAUAGGACAGUCAAAUUACUACACGCCGUUCAGCAAGGUCGGCCAUAAGCAGGCGUGGAGACCGUGUUUGUGGAGCGCCUUCGUUCGCGUCUUUAUUCGCGUCUUUAUUCUCGUCUCGUCUUUCUGAUCGUUGAAGAGUGUACUUGAAGAGCGUUUUUCACCUGCAGGUGUUAAGUACAGACCGG